AUGUUGCUCAAGUCAGCCGCCCUCGUCUGCCUCCUGGCCGAGCUCGGUCUCGCGCGCCACCACCAGCACCCCAAGCGCCAGGUCGCACCCUCCCCGAUCUUGUCGAGUAUCAGCAUCCCACCCCCUCCCUCGACGGGAACUGGUGCUGCCGGCGCCGCCCCGGGCACGGGUGGCCCGACGGGCAUCUUCCUCAACACCUCGAUCCCCGUCGCCACCCCGCAGGUCACGACCCUCACCGAGAUAGCAACCGUCACCUCCACCCUCGAGAACAACGCCACCGUCACCGAGGUCAUCACCACCGAGCGCACCGUUACCGCCUCCGCCCCCGCCGUCAUCCAGCAGCCUCAAAUCAUCAUCAUCUCCCAGGUCACCUUCUUCCAGUUCAUCUCCGCCCUCGGUGGUGCCCCUCCCGCCGUUCAACAAGGUGAGCAGGGCGGCUUCGUCGUCGGCGGCCAGCAGUUUGGCCAGUUCCAGUCCGCCUGCAGCGCCGCCUGCGGUAUGCAGUUCACCCAGUGCCAGAGCAUCGCCGGACAGAACUUUGCCAUCUCCCAGUGCCAGACCCAGCUUGUCAACUGCCAGAACGCAGCCAAGACCGCCACUGUCACCGUCUCCGUGCCCGUGACCGUCACCCAGACCGUCAUCCUACCCAGUGGCCCAGUCUCUGGAGGAAGCAGCCUGCCCUCUGCCACGCUCGAGAACGGCGGCUCUGUCAUUGCCACCACCACUCUGCCCCCCGACUCUGGCGCCACCAUCGGAUCCGGAGGUGUCAGCUUCGUCACCGUCCCUGCUACCCCUGCCGCGCCUCCCUCCCAGACGCCCGCUGCCCCUGAGACCCAGGUCUUGACCACCACUCUCCCGGCCAACCCCGAUUCGCCUUCCGGCUCCCCCAUCGUCUCCGUGAUCACCAUCACCCGCCAGCCCGGAUCUGAGCCCUCUGCGACCGGCGGUGCCUCCGAGCAAGCCGGCUCCGUUGAGACCUCCGCAACCUCCGCCGUCGUGUCGACCCUCCCUCCCAAGUCUGAGGGCGGCGCACCCAUCAUCUCGACGAUCUACAUCACCAGAACCGGCGGCGGCGACGUCCCCGCGGCUUCCGGUACCGCUGUCAGCUCCGUCGAUGCCGUCGCUUCCUCCGCGGUCAUCACCACGCUCCCCGCCCAGUCUGAGGGAGGCCAGCCCAUUGUUUCGACAAUCUACGUCACUGCCCAGCCUCCCGCUCCCUCCAACGAGCCCGGUGCCUCCGGACAGGGCGGCGAAGUUGUCACUUCCGCUAUUGAGACCACCCUUCCUCCCCAGAGC